UGUGCCUCCCUGCCAGUUCCCAGCCCCCUGCGCUCGGGGAAGGGCCCUGGGGAUAGUCUGGAUCCCCCCCCCUUUGGCCCCAGGAGAGUGGAGAGUUCGGGCUCGCCCCCUGCCAGCUGCUUACCUGCCAAGGUCGCGCCCAGGCCUGUGCCAGCCCCGGGGAGACAUGGAGUUUGCAGAGCUCAUCAAGACACCCCGCGCGGAUAACGUGGUCCUGCACCGCCCCUUCUAUCCGGCGGUGGAGGGGACCCUGUGCUUGACUGGCCACCACCUCAUCCUCUCCUCCCGGCGCCAGGACAAUGCUGAGGAGCUGUGGCUGCUGCACUCCAACAUUGACUCCAUAGAAAAAAGGUUUGUUGGCUCGUUAGGCACCAUCAUUAUAAAAUGCAAAGAUCUGCGGAUUAUUCAACUGGAUAUACCUGGAAUGGAGGAGUGUCUGAAUAUUGCUAGCUCUAUUGAGGCGUUGUCUACCCUGGAUUCGGUCACUUUGAUGUAUCCCUUCUUUUACCGGCCCAUGUUUGAAGUUGUCGAAGAUGGCUGGCGCGCCUUUCUGCCUGAGCGAGAGUUCGAACAUCUCAGUUCAGUGACGAACGAAUGGCGCCUGAGCUACGUCAACAAGGAUUUCUCGGUCUGCCCCUCCUACCCGCCCGCUGUCACUGUCCCCAAAUCGAUUGACGACGAGGCUCUUCGGAGAGUCGCGACGUUUCGCCACGGGGGCCGCUUCCCCGUCCUCAGCUAUUACCAUAAGAAGAACGGGAUGGCAAUGAUGCGGAGUAGCCAGCCCCUCACAGGUACCAAUGGGAGACGGUGUAAGGAAGACUCAGCACUUAUUAAUGCCACCCUGAGGGCCGGCAAGCGGGGCUACAUCAUUGAUACCCGCUCCCUGAACGUUGCUCAGCAGGCCAGAGCCAAGGGUGGCGGCUUUGAACAGGAAGUUCAGUAUCCUCAGUGGAGGCGGAUUCACAAGUCUAUCGAGAGGUAUAACAUUCUGCAAGAAAGUCUCAUCAAACUCGUGGAAGCUUGCAACGAUCAGUCGCACAACAUGGACCGCUGGCUAAGUAAACUGGAAGCUUCCAACUGGCUGACUCACAUCAAAGAGAUACUAACUGCGGCUUGUCUGGCUGCGCAGUGCAUUGACAGGGAAGGCGCGUCCGUGUUAGUCCACGGGACGGAAGGAACCGAUUCUACACUCCAGAUUACGUCUUUGGCUCAGAUCAUCUUGGAUCCAAGGUGCAGGACCAUACGGGGCUUUGAGGCUCUUGUUGAGAGAGAGUGGUUACAGGCCGGUCACCCGUUUCAGCAGCGCUGCGCUCAGUCGGCAUACUCCAACAGCAAGCAGAAAUGGGAGUCCCCCGUGUUUUUUCUCUUCUUGGACUGCGUGUGGCAGAUCCUGCGCCAGUUCCCCUGCUCUUUUGAGUUCAACGACCAGUUCCUCAUCCUGCUCUUUGAACACGCCUACGCCUCCCAGUUCGGCACGUUUCUGGGCAACAACGAAAAUGAAAGGUGUAAGCUGAAGCUGCCCCAGAAGACUAUGUCCCUGUGGUCUUGGGUGAAUCGGCCGCAGGAACUGAGCAAAUUCAAGAAUCCGCUCUUUGAGGCCAACAGCCUCGUCAUCUGGCCAUCUGUCGCACCCCAGAGCCUGCAGCUUUGGGAAGGUGUCUUUCUCCGUUGGAGUAGGUCCUCCAAGUUUCUGGAUGAAGCCUACGAAGAAAUGAACAACAUCAUCGAAUACAACAAGGAACUUCAGGCAAAAGUCAAUGCGCUGAGGAGGCAGUUGGCAGAACUGGAAACAGAUGACGGAAUGCAGGAGAGCUCCUGAGAUCCUGCAGGGCUCUGGGUACCAGGUUUUUCCUCUCAACUCACCGUUACACUAAAGACUUUGCAGAGAAUGUGCAUGUGUUGCAGAACCCUCUGGUGCAAUUGAUCCUCCGCCCUUCACUGCUAAAACCUUCACGUUACACUAGCUCCAUCCCUUCUGUUUGGGGGGGUCUCUGGUUUUGUUGUUUACAGGGGAUGUGCACAAUUCAGCAUAGUGUUCUCUCUUGACAGUUGCUGCCUUGAAUAAAUUGUGUAGUCUCCGCA